UUUCUUCCUAACGCGCACCCCGCACCCCGCACCCCGCACUCACGAAUCUCGUUGAGCUCCCUGAGGAGAAAUGUCGGCGAGGGGAGCGAGGAAGGCGCGUCUAUCUCGAGCCCUGGAUUCUCACGUCAGAAACAUCGAAGAGACGUUCCAGAUACUGGAUAAACCCGCUGCCUCUUCUCUCGACAAAGUGGAGUGGUCGCAAGUCAUCAAGCUGGGGGAUGAAGUAUCCAAGCAAGCUACUAUCGUCGGGAUGCUUUGGAGCAGAGAAGAUCCAGAAAUCAAACAGCUGAAGGAGAGCAUGGAAGCAUAUUUCAAUGUGCUUCAAGGCUUUGUUUUGCUCUGUCAUGGUAGCACAGUGGGUGCUGGCGCAAUCCUUCAUGCAACUAUCCGUGCUUCUGCAAGACAAGUCAUUGAUAGUAGCCUCACACUGUUAAAGCAAGCUGUCGCCUUUACAUCAAACAAAUCAACCAAGAGCUCAUCCAUCUCUCAGCUAUCUGGUUCUGUCUGGGAAGCAUCUGCCAAUCUGAAGAAAACCCCCACUUCCAACAGCACUGCCAUUGGCCGCACCAUAACCCACAUCGCUGUCUCAGUUAAAGAUAUUCUCCGCGAAAUGAAUGAGCUCAAGCCUGCAGCCACCAACGUCUCAACUGACACUUCACCUGGAGAUGACGAAGAUGAAGAAGAUGAAUUUGGCAGUGAUCUUUCCCCCGAAGAGAUGUUCGUCACCCAAUUAACAGCCAAAGCUGUUUCAGACGCGCUCGCGGUCUUGAAGGAGGUCAUCAGAUUUGUUUCUGUGCUGCAUAAGAGAUCAAAUGAGGAGAAUAUGGGACUUGUGAAUGAUUUGGAGAGAUUGCUGAGCUGCUGUGAAGAAAUUGGGAACCAGGCUAAUGAGUUGGGUGCUUCAGUUUACCCGCCACAAGAGAUUUCUGUGCUGAAAUCAACGGCUAAGAAGAUGUAUGUUGUUAUGGAUGAGAUACAGAAAGUUGUUGAGGCAGUUGGAGGUUCAGAUGAGAGAUUUUUGGCAUCAAUUGAAGGUUUGCGGAGUUCUUUGAGGAAAAUGGAGUCUGGUUCUUGUGGGGAUGUGAUUAGUGAGAUGGGCAGGCUUUCUUUGUAAUAUGUGAAGUCUCAUGUUUUUGUGCAAAACUUGAACUGAUGAAGUUAUGUGAGUUGUGUAAGUCUUGUCAUAUGAAUUUUGGUAGGCUGAUGUUGUAACAUUACAAAAUGUAAAGGUUAAAUGGUUAAUUGAGAGCAUAAAUUUUAAAC